AUGCCUCGUCUGGCCGUGGCACUGCUCUCCGCUUCAGCCCUGAGCGCUCUCGUGUCUGUAUCAGCUUCGCCGCUACCUUCGCUGACGUUCAAACCCCCGUAUGAAGUAGUCGACUCGGAUGGCAAACGCCAGAUAUCGGACGGUUUCGUCUACGGCGGCGCUACGGACGUGAAGAAGAACUUUAUUCGACUGACAACGGACCGCCAGAGCAAGCGCGGCCAUAUUUGGACCAAGAGUUCCAUUGGCAAGGACGAGCUGGCUACUGUGAUCAAGUACCGGAUCCAUGGGCAGGGUAAAAAGUGGUUUGGAGACGGGAUCGGACUCUGGUUUACGCAGGAACCAGAGUGGAAAAACGGGGACAAUCACGGCUUUACAGACAAGUUUUACGGCUUUGGCAUUGUCCUGGACACGUUUCGUAACGUCGAGCAUCGCGGGGGUCACAAGGACGUGACGAUUCAGGUGAACGAUGGCCAGAAGGUCCUGGACGACUUGAAUGACGAGACGAAGGUUGGCUGUGACGCGGCGUUUCGCUACCACUCGAACAACGCGAGCUUUGACCCGGUCUUUAGCUCGUCGCAUAUCCGGGUGAUGGUUAAAGGCAACGUGCUUGAGGUAGAGGUCGAUCCGAGCAACUCGGGGACCUGGACAGCUUGUUAUAAGGGCGACCUGCCGUUCCCAUCCGACUGGCUGCGUCGUGCGACAUUUGGCAUCACGGCCUCGACGGGUGCAUUGGCGGACAACCACGACAUUCUGAGUGUGCAGUCGUUCGACGAAGCUAAUGACGAAGGAUUAUUUGCGGUGGACAGCGAGACGUGGUCGCACAACUACUCGAAGGAAUUCGAGUCGUUUGUGGAUGAUGCCGAUUGUAAACAGUCGUGUAAGGUGGCGAUCAUGGAGAAGUUUGUAGCGAACCUCCAGGUGGAGACUGAGCACUGGUUCGAGAUGUUGCGCGAGCAAACGGAGAACACGAUCAAGAAAUUGAGGGAGAAGGAGCGGCAGAAUCAGCACAAGAUCCAGGUGUUGGUGGACCGCAUGACGACCAUGAUGGACCAGAAGGUUGGCCAGAAGGUGGCGGAUAUGCGCUCGAGCGUGAAUGAGAAGAUUGCUACGGGCAUCGAAGGGGAGCUCGCGGUCGCGCAGUCGAGCUGGCGUCUGCCAUUCUUCAUCAUGGUCGUGCUGAUCGCUGUUGGUGUCGGCGUCGCGUACCAGAAGUACCGCAAGUUGGUCAAGAGUCAUUUGUACUGA